GCGCUCCCUCUUUCCCGUCUGUGGCGGCUAUCCCCCUCCUCCCAUCUUCCUCCUCACCCUUCUAGGGUUUAUCCUCUACCACCGCCUCUCCCCACCAUAAACAAUUUUGCUGUCGAAUUGCGCCCCCUAUCCCGCGCCGCCCCUCCCGCAGGGUGUCCACGCCGCUCGUCCCGUGGCCGCCCUCCACCUUCUGCCUCCGCGCCGAUCGCCGCCGCCCCUCCCCCCGACAGCCGCCGCCAUCGCUCCGGCCCGCGGAUCCGCGGCUGCACCUCGUAGACGACCGGCGCCGAGCUUCCCUCCCGUCGUCGCCGCCACGAGGUCCCUUCAGGCCGGAUUCGCUUAUCCGAAGGAUCUGCCAUGGCGACUGUUGCUCCUGCCCCGACCGUUGCUGACCAGGCCACCAAUCUCCUGCAGAAGCUGUCUCUGGAGAGCAAUAAUGAUGGCUCCAACGCUGCCAAAAAGCCUUCUGGGUUGCCAUAUGGAUCUGCCAACUCUGGAGAUGCACAGAGCCCUGCUUCGCAGGUGGACAGGUCGAUAACACCUCUGCUGCAAGAGGCCAUGGACCCUAACUUCUUCUACCAGCCCAGUGGAUAUGCCUCUCCAGCAUAUUACUAUCCUAGUGGUUAUGAUGGCUCAGCCAAUGAGUGGGACUCAAGGUAUGUUGGUCAUGAAGGAAUGGAGAUGCCCCCUCAGAGUGUGUACGGCGACAUGUACCAUGGAUAUGGUUAUGCUCCGUAUGGCCCAUAUCCUUCGGGUUCUCCUGCACCAAAUGCUGGGCAUGAUGGCCAAUCAUAUGGCUCUCAGCAAUAUCAGUACCCGACUCAGUAUUAUCAGUCACCAACCCCAACGAACGCAACACACGGUGUAAAUGGUGCCAGUUCUCAACCUGAGAUGCCUUCUGUUGUCAGUCACCCGACACGUAUUUUGGUAGAUGCAACAAAAACAAGCGCAAAUGGGAGUGCUACUGGUAUGCCGACUGCUAACAACAGUUCGCUGCCGCGUAAGCAGACCAACCUAGCAAACAAUGGUUCAUAUGGAAGAGGACAUAUGCAAGGUGGCGGACCUUCUGCAAGCAAUUAUGGUCACAGUGGUCUUCGUUCUCCAGCUCAAUGGUAUGAUGGGCCAGUUUACUCGAAUGGGCAUCAGAGACCAACUGCUAGUUCCACAUCUUACCGUUCCAGUUCAUCUUCUGUGAAAAGUCAGAGCCAGCGUCCAACAGCAAACCUCAUGGGUAUACAUACACAGAUGCCUUCGUCUGGGAUGGGUUUGACCUCACCUAGCUAUCCUUCUAGGAUGUACCCCGACAACAGAUUAUUUGGACAGUACGGUCAGUACGGGAACACACUGAAAGGUGGCCUUGGUUUUGGAUCAAAUGUGUAUAACUCAAGAAACAACGGGCGGUGGGGAGUCAUGGAUACCAAAUACAAGCCUAGAGGGCGUGCACCUUUUGGUUUUGGGGGUGAGAAUCAAGAUGGCUUUACUGAGCUGAACAGAGGACCAAGGUCUGGUGGUUUCAAGCACCAAAAGCAGUUCGGGCCUACUGUCACUAUUGCUGUGAAGGGCCAGGCUCUCCCUUCAGUGGGUAAACAGAGCAGUGCUCUUACAGACAAAGGCCAAUUUAACCAGGAAGGAUUUCCUGUAGCCUACAAGGAUGCAAAAUUCUUUGUUAUCAAAUCAUAUAGUGAAGAUGAUGUGCACAAGAGUAUAAAAUACAACGUGUGGGCUAGCACUCCUAAUGGCAAUAAGAAGCUGGAUGCUGGAUACCGAGAGGCUCAGGAGAAAUCCAGUGACUGCCCAGUGUUCUUGUUUUUCUCUGUGAACACUAGUGGUCAGUUUGUUGGUGUUGCUGAAAUGGUUGGUCCUGUUGACUUUGAUAAGACUGUGGAGUAUUGGCAACAAGACAAAUGGAAUGGUUGUUUCCCACUCAAGUGGCACAUAGUCAAGGAUGUGCCCAACAACAUCUUGAAGCAUAUUACUCUGGAUAACAAUGAUAACAAGCCUGUUACAAACAGCCGUGACACACAAGAGGUUAAGCUUGAGCAAGGUCUUGAAAUGUUGAAGAUUUUCAAAGAACAUGUUAGCAAAACCUCAAUUUUGGAUGAUUUUGGUUUUUACGAGAAUCGCCAAAAGUUGAUGCAGGAAAAGAGAGCAAAGCAGCAAUCGCUUCAAGGCCAGGGGGGUGAUGUAUCUCAAGAGAAGGACAAGGAUGCAACUGAUGGCAAUCUAGGGGCACAGAAACAUGCAUUGAGCAAGGAAGGCACUCUUGCUGAGGAAGCGUCAAAUGCCUCCAAACCUGUUGCUGAAAGUGGCGUAUCAAAUGGAAACUAAGCAUCAUAUGUUACCUAUCUGUUGCCUUGGCCGGCAAAUGAUCUUGCAAAUGCUGCAGGUUUUGUGGUAUCUGCAAAUUAAGAUAUAUUAAUUACUGCCUGAAUUAUAGACCUGGUUUGGUACUGGAGCUCGUUAGCUGGGGGGGCUCAUCAUGGGAGAGUUUACUUCAAUUUCCUGUUUUAGUUGUGUGACUGGUUUUUCGUGUCGUGCUACCUGUGUUAGGUCUCUUACAUACCCUGUGACAAUGGGAUUGUUGUAACCCUUGCUCUUUUCCCCCCCUUAUUUUAGCUAUAUUAUUGUUAGCGAAGCAGCCGAUUUCUAUACUUCUGAACAACAUUAAGUAGUUUUUUGCAUGUCGCGGUACUGCUGGAGAGUAAUAAAACAAGACUCUGGGUUUAAGCUUUUUUUUUU